AUGCUACAGGAUGACAAUGGAACUGAAUUCUUUUCUGAAGGGGCAAAAGGAAACUUGGAUGCAGAGUAUUUUACAAAUCUCUUCAUGAGCUCCAAUCCCCAUGAUUUGGAAUCCCUUCUGGAUCGUUUCGAAGGCAGAGUGUCUCUAGAGAUGAAUGAGAUGCUGACCAAACCAGUCUCCCAAGAGGAGAUCAGAGUGGCAGCUUUCAAUGUCAGAGGAUCUAGUGCUCCAGGUGAAGAUGGGUUAACUGGAACAUUUUAUAAAAAAUUCUGGCACGUGGUGGGUCCUUCUGUUGUUGCUGAAGUUCAAAGUUUCUUCAACUAUGCGGUCCUACUGGCUGGUUGGAACCACACCCAUCUAUAUCUGCUGCCAAAAAUUCAGAAACCAACCAAGAUGUCUGAUAUGCGACCUAUUAGCUUAUGCUCUGUGCAGUAUAAAAUAGUGUCAAAGAUACUUUGCCAAAGGUUGAAAUCGGUUAUGCCUGAUAUUAUCUCUGAGACACAAGGUGCUUUCGUCUCUGGUCGGCUCAUCUCUGACAACAUUCUUGUGGCCCAUGAGAUGGUCCAUGGACUUAGAACGAACGAAGCAAUUGGGAAGCAGUAUAUGGCGAUCAAAACGGAUAUGUCCAAGGCCUAUGAUAGGGUCGAAUGGCAAUUUUUGGAAGCACUUCUUGAGAAAAUCGGGGUUAAUAGAAGAUGGGUUAAUUGGGUGAUGUCUUGUGUUAGCACAGUAUCUUAUACGGUCUUGCUGAAUGGUCAGACUCAUGGCUUCAUCAAACCGGAGAGAGGGAUUCGCCAGGGAGAUCCUAUGUCUCCAUUUCUCCUUAUACUGUGCACAGAAGCAUUAGUGCAUGCUCUGAAUAUGGCUGAGAAGAAAGGUGAUCUACAUGGCAUCAGACUUGGACGGCAAGGCCCUGCAGUACAUCACCUACUGUUUGCUGAUGACUCGCUGCUGAUGUGUAAGGCUUCCAAGGAGGAGAGCUUAGUCAUUAUUGAUUGUCUCAGACGCUAUGGUGAAGCAUCAGGACAGGUGAUAAACAAGCUGAAAUCUUCAGUAAUCUUUGGUGCCAAGGUAUCAGAGCAAGACCGAGCCGAGAUCAAAAGGAUUUUGGAGAUAGAUAAAGAAGGAGGUGGUGGUACUUAUUUAGGAUUACCUGAAUGUUUCCAAGGUUCAAAGGUAGAGCUUUUAAACUUUAUCCGUGAAAAGCUUCAUGGGAGGUUGAAUGGAUGGUAUGCAAAGGCCCUCUCGCAAGGAGGAAAAGAAAUUUUACUUAAGUCUAUUGCUCUUGCGCUCCCUGUUUAUGCUAUGUCAGUUUUCAAGUUGCCCAAAGAUCUUUGUGACCGGCUCACUAGUGCGAUGAUAGAGUAUUGGUGGAGUGGUGGGUUUAACAGGAAGAAAAUUUCUUGGGUGGCGUGGCAGAAGCUCUGUAAAAGCAAAGAUGAAAGUGGUUUGGGUUUCCAUGAUAUCAGCAGAUUCAAUCAGUCUUUACUAGCUAAACAAGCCUGGCGCAUCUUAAUAUACCCAGAGUCUCUUGUCGCUAAAGUUCUCAAAAGCAAGUAUUGGAAGAAUGGAGAAUUUAUGGAGUGUGGUCUCAGCUUAAGACCAUCUUUCGCUUGGCGAAGUAUCCUACAUGGCAGAGAGCUGUUGGAAAAAGGCCUACUGAGAAGAGUGGGAGAUGGCUCUACGACUUAUGCUUGGACUGAGAACUGGAUUAUGGGGCCACUUCCUAGACCUCCAUUGUACCGAAUGGAUGCACAAGUAGAUCUGACUCUUAUGGUUCCAGACCUUCUGAUUCCAAACUCCAACUUGUGGGAAGCGUCAAAGAUCAGAAGUUUAUUUGUAGAAGAAGAUGCCAACACCAUUUUGAAUAUGACAGUGGAAAGGCACAAGCCUGCUGCGCUCAUGUGGGGUCUCACUAGUCAUGGAGCCUACUCCUCUCAAUCUGGCUACAAACUAACGGAGACUCUUACCAGCUUAAACUCCUCGCACCACCACGGCCUUCCGUCUGUGGAGAAAAUGCUAUGGAAAAGUAUAUGGAAAUUGCAAACGUCUCCAAAGAUUCGACACGUUGUGUGGAGGGCAUUAGCUGGAGCAUUAGCAGUCUCAGAUCAACUGAGAUCACGUGGUUUACAGGUUGAUACUACAUGUAAGUCAUGUGGGAUGGGUCGUGAAACGAUAUGUCAUACCUUAUUCUCUUGCUCAACAGCUCGAGAUGUUUGGAGUGCUGCGAACCUCCCAUUACCUCCUCGUGGCCUGUCUACAACCUCUGUGUUUCUGAACCUUCACCACUUGGUCGCUUGCACAAGAAGUAGAGACAUCACUGUUAAGCUCAAACGGAGUAUUCCAUGGUUGUUAUGGCACAUCUGGAAAGCUAGGAAUGGUUUGAUGUUUGAAAAAAUCCGGUUAUCUCCAUCUUCUAUUGUUAACAAGGCCGAGGAAGAGGCUGAAUCCUGGUUUAAUGCUAACUUUCCAGAAGAGAACAUGAUCCAGUACCAGACCCUGUAUAACCAUCAACGCAUCGUCUGGCAAGCUCCUCCGCCAGGAAUGCUUAAAUGUAACAUUGGUGUUUCCUGGGUGAGUGGGUCAGUUAACUGUGGAGUCUCCUGGAUCACUCGUGACACAAGAGGGAAAGUCCUAAUGCAUAGUCGUCGAUCUUAUUCUAUGGUGCAAUCGCGUGAAGAGGCUGAACUAUAUGCUAUCUUAUGGGCAAUAGAAAGUAUGCAGACCUUAAGACUUGAUAACAUCAUUUUCAAGACUUCCUUUACUCAUGCACGACGCUGUUUAUAUCGUUGGGAUGGUCAGGUAUGUGCUCCUGAAUCCUACCGAAUUUUAAACAUCAUCAACUCAAAGUUACAGCUAAUAUCGGCAUGGAGCCUAGACUAUGUUCUUCCAGCAAGCAACUCCAUUGCUUCGAGAAUCGCAGUAAGUGUGACUUCGAAUCAUCUAUACCAAUCUUAUAUCGCAAGGAGUGGACCUUCUUGGCUUCAUCAGGCGAUAGGAGAAGAAACUUGA